UAUUGUAGACGGCCACUGUUCCUGGAUGCGGCUGCCUGCAGCAUUCAUGGAAGCCCAGUAUACAGCACUGCAAAGUGAGAUCCAGUUCUUUAAGGAGCACAUGAGAAGUUGCCGGCAGGCCUUUGAUAUUCAUACUCUUUACAAUGUGCUGCUGCUGCUUUCUAAAGAUGAUAGCAGAAGAGACAUUCAGAGCCUUGAGCAGCUGGAAAAGCUUGUUGAGUCCAGGGAAUGGGAUGGACAGGAGGUAGUGAAAAUUACAGCGGGCAACAAAAAGUGUGACAUUCCAAGCUACAUCUCCUGGUUUGUCUCUUAUGUGCACUACCUAGGCUCUUUAAAAGAGGCAUUUGACACCAAGGUUGUGUUUCCUUUAUGUGAGGAACUGUAUGUUAAUGAUGACCCACUUCCACUUGGCAUGUUACCGUCUGGAGGUAGGAAAGGACAUGCCACUGCCUCCGUUGCACAUACAGCCAAGCAGCUGUUUGCUAUGAGGAGGAAAUGGGCCUUGCUUCUGAAAGGGGGCAUGAUUGAUGGCCAAGUCUUCAGCUCUCAAAGCUUGCUUGAUCUGCAGGGCUUUGCCAACUUCCAUUCCUUCGUAAAGAUUAUAAGGCUAGUCCCUGACCUCUUUCACAAGAGCUUGGCUUCAGCAGACCUUGCCCAGCAGUGGGUGGAACUCCAUGCAAGCAAACACAGCUCCCAACAAGCAAGCUCAGAUCCAAACUCAAUCCAGACACGCUCUGACACAGGAAUGGAUGUAGGCAGCUUGGAACAUCCGCCUGGAUUAUCCCAGUACCCACAGGACUAUGAGGGAGGUUGGCCACAAUCCAAAGCUAGCAACUCCCAUUAUAGGGACACCUGUACCAGAGCCGCCAUUCAGGAAAGGAAUAAGCUGAAUGAAGUCCAUGGAGAUCUCAUGUUCCUACUCCAGAGGGAGGAACGUUCUUGGACACUGGAGGCAGAGGUCAGGAAGUUGCAGAGAAGCUGCCAGGAGCUUGCAAGCCUAAUGAAGAGAAGGGAAGAAGCUCCCAAGGAUCUGCCUCAGAGAGCAAAUGGACUAGACCCCGACUCCUCACACAGUUCGGGGAGUCUGGACACAUUGAGUUCUGGUCCUUGAGAAUAAAGAGAAUUAACAUAAAAUACGAUGGUCUUGGCAUCACAGGCUUUGUUGGAAGUGGUGAUGGGAAUCAGGCUGUCUGACUGCUUCUUCUAGAUGAAGGUAGACUUGCUUCUGUGUAUAUCACCUCAUGCCACUUCACUAGUGACUUCAUUAGCUAGACUACUGUAAUAUGUUCUACUGAGAGCUGUCAUUUGAUAACUGUAUGGAAGAUUCAGUUGAUGCACUUUUUAACAAUACUUUCUGUGUGUGGACUUCGAAAU